AUGUCAGCCAUAAGGAGGAAAUUUGGGGAGGAUUACCAGGUGGUAAACACCAACCAAAGCGUUACUUUUUCCGCACCGGUCAAGAGAAAGAGGCAGCGGUUUGUGGAGAAGAACGGCCGCUGCAAUGUCCAGCACGGUAACCUUGGCGGGGAGACGAGCCGAUACAUCUCCGAUCUCUUCACCACGCUGGUGGAUCUCAAGUGGCGCUGGAACCUACUCAUUUUCAUCCUCACUUAUACAGUUGCGUGGCUGGUGAUGGCUUCUAUGUGGUGGGUCAUAGCCUACAUCCGUGGCGACCUGAGCCACGGCGGCCACGAAGAAUCCUACACCCCGUGCGUCGCCAACGUGUACAACUUUCCCUCCGCUUUCCUCUUUUUCAUCGAGACGGAGGCGACCAUCGGCUACGGCCACCGCUACAUCACAGAGAAGUGCCCGGAAGGUAUCAUCCUCUUCCUCUUCCAGUCGCUGCUUGGCUCCAUCGUGGACGCCUUCCUCAUCGGCUGCAUGUUCAUCAAGAUGUCGCAGCCGAAGAAGCGCGCGGAGACGCUGAUGUUCAGCCAGGACGCGGUCAUUUCGCAGCGGGACGGGAAGUUGUGCCUCAUGUUCCGAGUGGGUAACCUGCGGAACAGCCAUAUGGUGUCCGCGCAGAUCAGGUGCAAAGUCAUCAAGUCUCGGCAGACACCAGAGGGCGAAUUCCUUCCCCUGGACCAGUGCGAGCUGGACGUGGGUUUUGGGACGGGGGCGGACCAGCUCUUUUUGGUGUCGCCUCUAACCAUCUGCCACGAGAUCAACACCAAGAGCCCCUUCUUCGAUCUGUCGCAGCGCUCACUCAUGAAUGAGCAGUUUGAGAUUGUUGUCAUCCUAGAGGGCAUCGUGGAGACCACUGGUAUGACAUGCCAGGCAAGGACAUCUUACACCGAAGAUGAAGUCUUGUGGGGCCAUCGUUUCCUCCCCGUCAUGUCACUGGAGGAGGGCUUCUUCAGAGUCGACUAUUCCCAGUUCCACAACACCUUUGAGGUCCCUACGCCUCCCUACAGCGUCAAAGAGCAGGAGGAGAAGUCCUCCUUGACAUCGCCCCACCCACUGCCUGUUGCACACACGCCCUCCUCCCCUCCGAUGGGGAAUGGCGGCCGUGGAGGCCGCAGAGAAAGGCUCUUGUCAGCUGAUUAUGCGGACCACAUAGAGGACCAAGCCUCCAGGUUGCCCAACAAACUCCAGCGCAUGAGCUCUACACGGGAGGAGUACCUCUGGAGGGGGCUGAAGACAGGGCCAGCCUUGCCUGGAGGGAAGGCCUCCAGCACAGGAGACCUUCCGCUUAGUAUUCAGAGGCUAAGGUCCAGCUCCAUCCCAGCUGCGAUGCAAGGACAGCCGGAGGAGCAGGUCCAGCUGUUGUCCUUGGAUGGAGAUGCUGAGGAGGGUGAGCUGGAGAAAUCCAGACUGCCAGCAGCCAUUAGCACUAUUACUGCUCCAACACCAGUCCAGAUCCCACUGGUAGGGAGUCGGCCAGAGGACAACCUGCCCCCUAAACUGCGCAGAAUGAAUGCUGACCGCUGACAUCUACAGUCUACCCUUGAGACUAAAAACAUUAUGAAAAUUUAAUCAAGCUUGAUGGGCAUUGCAUAUAAAUAAAGACUACUGUGAUAUAAUUUAUAUUUUUUUCC